UUCUGGGUCAAAGGAAAAACGCCAAGCUCCUUCUAAUUCUUCGGCUGUUUCUUGAAGCAGAAAACAAAAUUAAGUAUAGAGAUCUUGAGCUGCUUUUUUCUUAUUUCACAAGUUUUCUUUUGGGAUUGCAAUGUCUUCACCUGCUGAAUUUUAUAACUCUCUUCCACCUAUAUGCAAAGCUUAUGGGACCGCAUGCUUAUUGGCCACUGCAGCCUUUGAGUUAAAACUAUAUAACAUUAUGCACAUUGCGUUGAUAUAUGAAUAUGUAUUCAAGCAUUUUCAGGUGUGGAGGCUAAUUACAAACUUCUUUUUCCUUGGGAAAUUCUCUAUCAAUUUUGGAAUACGCCUUUUAAUGAUAGCAAGAUAUGGAGUUCAACUAGAGAAGGGACCAUUUGAGAGGCGGACAGCUGAUUUCUUGUGGAUGAUGAUAUUUGGUGCAUUGUCAUUAUUGGUUUUGGCAGCAAUCCCAAUAUUCCAGUCUGGUUUCUUAGGGGUAUCUCUCGUUUUUAUGCUUCUUUAUGUCUGGAGUAGAGAAUUUCCAAAUGCCCAAAUCAACAUAUAUGGCCUUGUGAGACUUAAGGCAUUCUAUCUACCAUGGGCAAUGCUGGCUUUGGAUGCUAUUUUUGGUUCAUCUCCCAUCCCAGAUCUGCUAGGAAUCAUAGCUGGACAUCUAUAUUACUUCUUGACAGUGUUGCAUCCUCUUGCAACUGGAAAGGUCAUCCUGAAGACUCCUAUGUGGGUACACAAACUGGUUGCAAGGUGGAGAAUAGGAGCUCCAACCCAGCCAAGUAGUCGUGCACAGCCUGAUAGAUCCACAGGUGUGUCUUUCAGUGGAAGAUCAUAUCAACUUAGUGGAUGAUUGCUAUACUCUCUGAUAUCUCCUCAGCUAGACCAAGAAGAUUUACCUGUUAUCAUCUCAAGUCUCCACUAUGGACAACCUCGCCAUUGUUUUUCUCUCUUUUAGCGCUGACACAGAAGCAAAGUGUUUAACGACAGCUUAUAACAAGGGAUUUUCCUAGGGGUCCUGCCUAUCCAAGUUGUGAUUCCUUUUUCUUUUAUCAUUUGAUUCACUUUCCAUUAUUAAUGUAUUUCCUUAAGGGAAUUGACUUUGUGAAGAGAAUGUGCAGAGAAGAAAUUUCUGAAACAGACCAUUGGUAUAAUAUAAGUAGAUGGUUAAUAUCUGAA